UGCAGCCCAGGAGGGGCAGCCCAGGCUCCUUCCAAGGCUGACACCCAUCAUGCCAAGCCUUGGGGAAAGCUCUCCUCCUCCCCUCCUAACACCAGCUUUGCCAGAGCAAGUUAUGCCCACACUGCUUUUCAGUCUAUGGAUAAGGCAGCCCACAGAACAAAAUUCACAAGAUGCCCGAGAUCUCCAAGGUAGAAGUUGAAUUUCAUGAAUACGCAGGACCUCUUACUGGAAAGAUCUCUACUGGAAUAUCAUGCAGGAGAAUUAUGAGACACUAAUCUCUUUGGCAGAAGAGAUGGCCAUCAGCCUGCCUCGGAUCACUGCACUGGCUGAAUCCCACCGGAGAGGGGUGGCAUCAGGAUUUCCACUUUCCAAACCUGACUUGCUCUCCUGGAUGGACCGAGGGGAAGACCCAUGGGCUUCAGACCUUCAGGAAUCUGAGAGAAGCGAAGUGUCAACUGAUACCCCACCAUGUGCUGAGCUGGGAAGGAAGAAAGAGGAUAUAUCUCAGCAAGAAACACCCAGCAAGGCAGGAGGCACCUUGGAGGAGAUGCCAAUUGUGGGAGAGACCCCGUUGACAGGGACAAUAUUGAGAUGUUCAACAACAGAAGGAAAGGAGCAGCAGGGACAACUUCAGGUGUUGAGUGCUUCCAAAGGAGUGUUGUUCCCUGGGAAACCACAAGGGGGUGACAGAAGCCACCAAUGUCCUGAGUGUGGCAAAAGCUUCAGCCAGAAGUCCAACCUCUUACGACACCAGAGGCUCCACCUGGACGAGAGGCCUCACAAGUGUGAUGACUGUGAGAAGAGCUUUUCUGAGGCCGAGGCACUGUCCAAGCACCGCAAGUCACACGUGGGUGACAAGCCUUACAAGUGUGAGGACUGUGGGAAAAGCUUCAGCUGGACCUCCCACCUGGAGAGGCACCGGCGGAUCCACACAGGAGAAAAACCUUAUGAAUGCAAGGAGUGUGGGAAGGCAUUCAGUGUCGGGUCACACCUGGAAAGGCACCGGCGGAUUCAUACGGGGGAGAAGCCAUACCAGUGCAAAGAGUGUGGGAAAUGCUUCACUGUUAGUUCAACCCUGGUCCAGCACCAGAGGACUCACGCUAACGACAAGCCCUACCAGUGUGAGGACUGCGGGAAAGGCUUUAACCUUAGCGCCAACCUUGCCGCUCACCAGAAGAAACACCUGGGCCAGAAGCCCUAUGAGUGUCCUGACUGCGGGAAGAGUUUCAGCUUCACUUCUCAUCUGGAGAGGCAUCAGCGAAUCCACACAGGGGAGAGACCUUAUCAGUGCAAUGACUGCGGGAAGAGCUUCAGCCGCAGUUCCCAUCUCUACCGGCACCAGAGAAUCCAUACGGGUGAGAAACCACAGCAGUGCAGGGACUGUGGCAAAAAUUUCUACCUCAGUGCAGCCACCCUCCAGCAUCUCCAGGCCUCACCAAUUGGAGCAAGAGAUCCCACAAAAUGCACUGAGUGUAGUCGCAAAAAAGUUGCCCCUCAGCCCCCACCUCCACCAUCACCACCACUAUGUAGUGAGAAACCUUACAAAUGCUCUGACUGUGGUAAAGGUUUUGGGCAGAGUUCGUCGCUGGUGAAGCACCAGAGGAUCCACACAGGGGAAAGGCCUUACCAGUGCCCAGAGUGUGGAAAGAAAUUCAGCUGGUGCUCAGCCCUGAUCAAGCACAAAAGGAUCCACACGGGUGAAAAGCCGUACCGGUGCGAGGAGUGUGGGAAAGCCUUCAGCGUCAGUUCACACCUGGAGAGGCACCAGCGAGUGCACUCUCCUGACCGGCCCCACAAGUGCACUGAAUGUGGGAAGACUUUUGGGGAACUGGCAUCCUUAGUCAAGCACCAAAAAUCCCACAUCGCUGAGAGCAAACGCUAUCGGUGCCCCGACUGUGGGAAGAGCUUCAGCUGGAGCUCCCACUUGGAAAGGCACAGACGGAUCCACACGGGAGAGAAGCCCUAUGGGUGUGGCGACUGUGGUAAAAGCUUCAGCGUUAGCUCCCACCUGGACAGGCACCGGCGGAUCCAUACUGGGGAGAAGCCAUACCGCUGCAAUGAGUGUGGGAAAAGCUUCAGCGUCAGCUCCACCCUUCUCCAGCACCAGCGGACUCACUCAAGCGGGAAGCCCCACAAGUGCAAGGAAUGUGGGAAACGCUUUGUGGCCAGUGCUCAGCUCCUCACACACCAGAGGACCCACCGGGGUGAAAAGCCUUAUGAGUGUACCGUCUGUGGAAAGAGUUUUGGCUUUGUCUCCCACCUGGAGAGGCACCAGAGGGUCCACACGGGAGAGAAACCUUACCAGUGUCCCGAGUGUGGGAAAUGUUUCAGUCGCAGCUCCCACCGCAACCGCCACCAGCGCACUCAUGCUGCUGACCGGCCCCCAAAGGGAGGCAUGCGGGAAGGAACUGAAGGAAGUGCUUCCUCCUCUUUCUCCCAAGUCAAGCAUCCCAAGGAAAUGGUUCCUGUUGUCCCUGAACCUUCGCUUUCUCUCAUGCCACCUUGGUGGAGUGAGGCAGACAGGAGUGUCACCACUUCAGUUGCUUCUAUGUGGCCGGAGGCAUCAGCUCCGUUCCAAGGCCCCAUUGUCCCCAAUCCUGCCCCAGCUGGGGGCCUAAGGGGAUGGGGCAUGAAGGGGUUCUUGCCUCCAGAUACAUGGAGACUCGGAGAAAGCAGUUCUGGCUGGUUGUCCACACUCACCCAAGAGGGGUGGGCACAGCCUCCUCCCACCUCCUAACUAAACGGUCAUGCUGUUGGCAGGGUGGGGUGGACUGUCCUCUAGAUUGAGACAGAGACCUAACGCAACCAUUCUGAAAAAAGCACAUGGCACACUCCUGAUGGGAUGAUACCACUGCAAAUGGGCUGAGAGGUAGGGAAGGGACAUCUUUGAGUGGAACAGAACUCGGGCUGCUGCCUCACUGCAGAUUUAAUGCAGUUUGACACCAGUUUAAUUGUCAUGGCUUCAUGCUAUGGAAU